AUGUCUUUCAUCUCUCGACUGCCCUCCACCACCUCCCGCCUCGGGGCAAGGGCAGUUAUUCUCAAGCCAACAGCAGCGGCAGCAGUUCGUGCCAAUUCCUCUCUCACAGGCGGCCCCGGAAACAAACCGCUCAACUCCAUCCUCAUCGCCAAUCGCGGCGAGAUCGCACUACGAGUAGGACGAACAGCUUCACAGCAUGGCAUUCGAGUAACGACCCUCUAUACCGAUCCCGAUGCACGGGCUCAACACGCGCUAAGUUCCCCGUUCGCGUUCAAUCUGGGCGAAACAUCCGCAUAUCUGGAUGGAGAUCGGAUCAUUGAGAUCGCGCAGAAGGAGGGUUGCCAGGGCAUACAUCCCGGUUAUGGUUUUCUGAGUGAGAACUCUGCGUUUGCGCAAAAAUGCACGCAGGCAGGCUUGGUUUUUAUUGGCCCUCCGCCUAAGGCUAUCGAGGCUAUGGGUGAUAAGAGCCGAUCAAAGGAAAUUAUGACGGCAGCAGGCGUCCCCUGUGUGCCUGGCUACCAUGGAGAUAACCAAAGCAUGGAGUUCCUUGAAGCAGAGGCAGAGAAGAUCAAGUUCCCAGUCCUCAUCAAGGCUGUGAAGGGUGGCGGUGGUAAGGGAAUGCGAAUCGCCAGCUCCAAAGAGACCUUCCGGGAUCAGCUUAUUUCUGCAAAAUCGGAGGCGAUGAACUCCUUCGGCGAUGACACGAUGCUGGUUGAGAAAUAUAUCACGACUCCACGACAUAUCGAAGUACAGGUGUUUGCGGAUAAGCAUGGGAACUGUGUCGCGCUGGGCGAGAGAGAUUGUAGUAUCCAGAGACGUCAUCAGAAGAUCCUUGAGGAAUCCCCCGCCCCGCAUUUGCCUGAGGCAACACGGAAGGAUAUUUGGGAUAAAGCACGGGCGGCGGCGUUAGCUGUAGGCUACGAGGGAGCGGGAACGGUGGAAUUCAUCUUUGAUAAUGACACGGGGGAAUUCUUUUUCAUGGAGAUGAAUACCCGGUUACAGGUCGAGCAUCCGGUUACGGAGAUGGUUACGGGACAAGAUCUGGUCCAUUGGCAGAUUCUGGUUGCUGAGGGAGCCCCGCUGCCCCUGACGCAGGAUGAAAUCGAGUCUAUUAUGGCGACCAAGGGUCACGCUAUCGAGGCGCGUAUAUAUGCCGAAAACCCUGAUCAAGGAUUCGUCCCAGACUCUGGCCGCCUCCUACACGUUCGCACUCCUGCAGCGACAGAAGACGUGCGGAUUGACGCUGGUUUUGUUGCCGGCGAUGAAGUAUCUUCGCAUUACGAUCCUAUGAUCUCGAAGCUGAUUGUCAGGGGAUCGAAUCGGACAGAAGCUCUACGGAAUCUCUCCAUGGCGCUGGAACAGUAUGAAGUGGCAGGACCAAUCACCAAUAUCGAAUUCCUGAAACGGGUGUGCAAAAGCCCAGACUUCGUUUCUGGGGAUGUUGAGACGGGCUACAUCGAUAAACACAGGGCUGAAUUAUUUGCAAAACAGCCUGUAGAGGAUGAAGUUCUGGCUCAGGUUGCACUAUACUGCCUACUCAGUUCCUCCAAAGCGGGCGGCCCAGCAGGCUCAGUGGUUGGAUUCAGCCCGGCAUAUCAAGAGCGACAAUUUACGUUUGUAGAAGCUACUGCGCAAACCUCAUCAGAAUCAUCUGGCAAUGCAGCAUCCUUCAACGUCCAAGUGCAACAAACCGGCGAAGCAACAUUCAAUAUCGUCGUGAACGGCACUAGUUUCGAGAACGUCAGGGUCCAACAGCAACCGCACGAGUCCAACGUCGUCACCUCGUUUUUCCCACACACGAGACUUGACACGACGGUGAUUCGCGACGAAGAUGCCAUCACAGCGUUCCAGCGUGGGAGACAGUAUCGGUUGAAGAUCCCGCGGGCUAAAUGGAUGGAGAAGGCGCUGGGGAUUAAAGAUACCGCAAAUAGCGUGCUCGCGCCGAUGCCAUGUAAGAUCUUGAGAGUCGAGGUUGUGGAGGGGGCGACUGUGGUGAAGGACCAACCACUCGUGGUUAUUGAGAGUAUGAAGAUGGAAACUGUGAUUCGGAGUCCACAGGAUGGGAAAAUUGAGAAGGUGGUGCAUAAGGCCGGGGAUAUAUGCAAAGCCGGAACCGCACUCGUUGAGUUUGCAGAGGCUUCUUCUGACGCAGAGGCGAAGACUUCAUAA